CGUUUCUAGGUGACGGCCGCCCCGGCCCAGUAGUACCACAGCGGGCGGCGGCCGCAGCUGAGGGAGCGCCGCUAUGGAGCAUAUCCGCACCACCAAGGUAGAGCAAGUGAAAUUACUAGAUCGGUUCAGCACGAGCAAUAAGUCAUUGAUGGGAACUCUGUACCUUACAGCAACUCAUCUGUUAUUCAUAGAUUCAAGCCAGAGAGAGACAUGGAUACUACAUCACCACAUUGCUGCGGUGGAAAAACUUCCCUUGACUACUUCUGGCUGCCCCCUUGUCAUCCAGUGCAAGAAUUUCAGGAUAGUUCACUUUGUUGUUCCCAGAGAGAGAGAUUGUCAUGACAUUUAUAACUCUUUACUUCAGCUGUCAAGAACAGCGAAAUAUGAGGAACUGUAUGCCUUCUCCUAUAAUCCAAAACAAAAUGAAUCUGAGCAAGUCAAAGGUUGGCAGCUUAUUGAUCUAGCAGAAGAAUAUGAGAGAAUGGGAGUGCCAAAUGCUAACUGGCAGUUGUCCGAUGCAAAUCGUGAUUAUAAGAUUUGUGAAACUUAUCCUAGAGAACUUUAUGUUCCCAGAACUGCAAGCAAGCCCAUAAUUGUUGGUAGCUCCAAGUUCAGAAGCAAAGGAAGAUUCCCAGUGUUGUCAUAUUAUCACAAAAAUAAAGAGGCUGCAAUUUGCAGAUGCAGUCAACCUCUUUCAGGUUUCAGUGCUAGGUGCCUGGAAGAUGAACACAUGUUACAAGCCAUCAGUAAAGCAAAUCCUUCAAAUCGCUACAUGUAUGUCAUGGACACCAGGCCGAAGCUUAAUGCAAUGGCAAACAGAGCUGCUGGGAAGGGCUAUGAGAAUGAAGACAACUACUCUAACAUUAGGUUCCAGUUUGUUGGCAUUGAAAAUAUUCACGUAAUGAGAUCCAGCUUACAAAAACUUCUGGAAGUCAGUGGCACGAAGGGUUUGUCUGUCAAUGACUUUUUGUCUGGCUUGGAGAAUUCCGGAUGGUUGCGUCAUAUCAAAGCUGUGUUGGAUGCUGCUGUCUUCUUAGUCAAGGCAAUAGCAGUUGAGAGCGCGAGCGUAUUAGUGCACUGCUCAGAUGGCUGGGAUAGGACUUCCCAAGUUUGUUCACUUGGAGCUCUCUUACUAGAUUCCUAUUACAGAACAAUCAAAGGAUUCAUGGUCUUAAUAGAGAAAGACUGGAUCUCUUUUGGGCACAAGUUCUCUGACAGGUGUUGUCAGUUGGAUGGUGAUCCAAAGGAGAUCUCGCCAGUCUUCACCCAGUUUUUAGAAAGCGUGUGGAAUCUGACUGAGCAGUUUCCUCAAGCCUUUGAGUACAAUGAAGCUUUCCUCCUUCAGAUCCAUGAACAUGUCCAUUCAUGCCAAUUUGGUAACUUCCUUGGAAACUGCCAAAAAGAGCGAGAAGAACUGAAAUUAAAAGAGAAGACAUAUUCCUUGUGGCCAUUCCUUCUGGAUGAACGAAAGAAAUAUCAGAAUCCUCUGUAUAAUGCAGACUUUUCUCCAGAACUAACUCUUUUGGAGCCUAAUACAGUAUCAUUCAAUUUUAAGUUUUGGAGAAAUAUGUACCAUCAGUUUGAUCGAAGUAUGCAUCCCAGGCAAUGUGUGUUCAAUCUUAUAAUGAACAUGAGUGAACAAAACAAACAACUGGAAGAAGACAUUAAAGAACUGGAAGCUAAAAUAAAGCAGAGAAAUGGGCAGUCAAGUGCAGUCCCUGUGAAGGAACAUCAGCAGUCUGCUCAUCCUGCACCAAUGGCACUGAAGACCCCUCCAUCCUUCCAGAAGGAGCAGCCACUGAUCCCUGUGAAUGAUGCUGUAAGAACUAUAGAGGGCAGCAACACAGCAGACAAUCGCUACAGUGAAUUUGUGGCAGAGUUCUCGAAAGCUGAGCCUGCCGUAGUCAGCUUGGAGUACGGAGUGGCCAGGAUGACCUGCUAAUUAAAAUCCAGCACUGUGCUCCUCUUCUAGACUGAUUGAAUGAAGAGAUGGAUUAUUUUGAGGAUGGCUCUGUGCUGCAUGACCAAAACAUGACUUGUAUAUCGGCAAGUUUUGUUAACGUAGACUAGAACAGCAUGCUAGUUGUCAAGUGUUUGCUGUUCUUUUAAGAAAAAAAAAGUGUAGUUGUGUUUUAAAAGAAAUAGGGGCAUUUGGUAAGUGGUGACUAAAAAUCAAGGAAUGGUAUGUCUUUGGACUUAAGUCAGUUUGCACUAAAUUGAUUAAAACAGUAAUAUUACUUUAUUCAGUAUAGGAAAACACAGGUGAUCUUUCACAGAUUGAUUUUAUUUGGGCAAGAAAACUUGAACUUUCUAUUUUAGGAACUGAAGCUACAUGUAUAUAUCGCAUAUGAUAUGAAUAUGUAUACCCAUGUUUAAUGCCACCCAGUACUAAGUGUGAGUGUAUUAAGUGCCAUGGAAAAUUAUGAUAUGUUUCAAAUCACAAAUAGUUGGCCUUAAACCUGUCAGAUCAAUGAGAUUGUUGUCCUUUACUAUUGCAGUUUACCUGGCUCUGUUUACAUUGUAUUUGCUCAAACUGUUACUUCCUUAAAACAGGACUGAAUAAAAGAAAUGAAGCAUGCCUAAGCUGGCGCAGCCUUUUGGCAAAUUGCUACCUGAAAGUUAACUUAUCACUGAAGACUUUUUUCUUCCAGUUCCUCUGUUGUUUAAAAUUAUAGAGAUUGGCCUGAUUUUCUUCUCUGGCAGCUCAGUAGAUUGAGCAUCAUUGAAGCUACAGGUUGUGUCUGACCUUAAAUGUUUUAAUUUGUGGCAAGGUAUUUUAAGUGUAGAGUAAAAAGAGUAAAACGUGUCAUGUAAAAAAACAAACCUUAGCCAGUAACUGAAUUGUCAGGUUUAUUCCGAUUGACUGUGUGCUGUGCAGUCAUUCAAGUUGCAGGAAUGGAAGCGGAAGUUUUGGAAGUAUAGUCUACUGACAUUGUUCCCAAGUACAAAAAAAAGUCAUCCAUGUGUCCAAAGCUCAUGAGAAACUGAGUGCCUCCUAAAUCUUUCAGUAGAAGAAAAUUUUAGUUUUUAGUGAAACACCCUUCUCAUCUUGUAAAGACUUGUCCAACCUGUGCAUAUUAUAAGUAAUUUCAGUACAGUCUGGAGACUUUUAUGGAGUUGGAGAGAGGACAAAAACUUCUUCUAGCAGGAUGCAGUAGAGAUGAUGGGACAUAAGAAAAAAAAAAGGGGGGGGGAAACGUACAGUUUGUAAGCUUAAUUAAUUAUGUAUCUGUAACCUUCUAGUAAGGGAGAAGGUUUUUGCUGAAGUUUGUUACCUGAUGGAUUUUCUGAGCAGACCAGAAUAGGGAAGAAAAGUGCUGGUGUCCAGGUCUUAAAUAGAGGUAUAAAUUAUAACUUUGGGUAUUAAGAUCUCUAGGUAUGAUGUUAGAUUAAUGCUACUGACCUUUUAUCUCUGGAUUUAAAUAAUUUUUGGUUACAAGUUCUUAUCCUAAUUCCCGAAGUCUGUUUUGAAGUCUGUUUUGUUAAAAUUACUGGUGUGCCAUGCACAAUUUGACAUAAUUGGCAGCACUUUCCUCUGCACCAUAUUGGAUCCAGGGCUCUAUUAACAAGGCCAGUACAGGUCAUGAUCAAGUUGCACUUGUGAAGCUGUCUGGGAGAAGUUAACUGUGACUCCUGUAUUUGAGUGUUAGUUCACCCGUUUCACUAAUUUGUUUUUUAAAAGCCUAUAAGUGUAAAUAAAGGUUCCUAAGUCUUUUUAUUCCCAAAGAUAUGAACAUAGUGUCAUCUUUAAAAUACAUUAUCCAGUCAUUUAAACACAUUUAGAAUUUCUCCACUACAGGUUUUGAUGGUUUCACGUUUGCACAGUGGUGCCUUACAGGGUUGCAGCAAAAGAGGUUUUUGUGCCUUGUUAUUUGUCUCCCCUUCUCCCUCACCUUCUGUAUCAACUUGGUUCUGUGGUUUUUGUUUGGAAAAACAACCUGUAUAUUAAGCUUGUGUUGUAGCACAGUAGUGACAAAUUUAUCACUGGCAAUGUAGGUAAGUGUUACCAAUUUGUACUUGUUUGUUUUAAUAUUCAGCUGCUCUGGUGUUCCAUGGACACUUUUCAUAUUGUUUAGAGUUUAUAGGUUCAGAAGAUUGUAUUAAGCUUUUUUGCAGAUAUUGUUGUAUGCUGUUUUUACUUUAGCAACCCCGAGUGCCCCUGCAUACAAGGCUUUUGAAGAGAAGAUCUGUUCCCUUUCAGUCCUGUUAAAGUGAGUUUAUUUCAGUCUUCAGGCCCUUUUCCUUGGCAGAGUUAACUUCUUGGCGAAAGGAAUCGGGUUGCCUUUUUAUUUUAAACCAAGGUAGGCAUAUUAGGUCAGCUUUAAAAUGCUAUAAAACUAUCUGCUUAAGCACAGAGCCUGUUCCUUCAUCAAAAAAUACAGUCCUUCCUGAUCUGAAGUAAAUAUUUUACUCCCGUUAAUAUGUGAAUAGGGUUUUAUCAGGCUGUUUUGUAGAGCAGCCUUCUUAUACAGUCUGGAUAGCUCUGCCAACUCAGCCUGCAGGGUCACCAGUGAGAAGAGUUCCUGCAGAGAGGCAGCUGUCUCUCCUCAUUUGCUGUUCAGGCUUAAGCCAAAACUACCUAAAGCACCUGGGACCUGUGCUGAAGUAAAUAGAUGGUAGCAAAGUGAGCUCCAACAGAAAGCUUGGCAUGAUGGUCAGGACUCAGCAGAGUGGGGCUGUUCUGUGUCCUUCAAGGAGGGUUUAAAAAACACCAAGCAAGCUGACUAACAAGCUGUGGUGGAAGCCUUCUGGGAGCAGAAAGAAUGUGAAUUCUUACUUCAGUGGAUGCGCUUUUCUUCAUCAUGAACAUUCUGCUUCAAGAGCAGUUAUGAUACUGAAAGGUGCCUGGUACAGCUCAAAAUAACAUGCAGGACUCUUUCUUUUUUCAAGCUGCGGCAUUAAUGUGUGGUUAGUGCACUCACCAGUUGCUUAGGAAUAUAAUGCCCCAGACAGAAAGUUGCUAUAGUUGAUUCUGCUCCACUGGUUGCAAGACUUCAGCACCUGUCAGUUCUGUGCUUCAUGUUGAGAAGGUCUCUGUAAAGUCGUUGGGUUUCUGUUUGUGCUGUGCUUGAUCUUUUUUUCCAAUCUGAAUGCUAUAAAAGAAAUAAUUCCUUUUUAAUGAACCAAGCUGCUGGUCUCACCUGAGCAACUAAAACUG